AUGAUUUCGAAACUUACAAUUCUUCUCAUUGUCUGCUUGGUUGGUUUGGCAAUUUCAAAACCACAUAGACAUUCACAUCGACCAAGACCACAUCCAUCUGGACCUCCUCCUCCACCAAAACCAUCUGAUCAUCCACACCCACCACCAUCUGGUCCCCCAGUUCCAUUCCCAUCUCAAUCACCAUCUUCUCCUUCUCCUUCUUCUAUUCAACCAUCUUCUGAUUCGCCAUCAACUCAAUCACCUUCUUCUUCAAUUCAACCAGAAAUCGUAUCAUCUUCUGCUGCUCCAGAAUCAUCUCCAGAUUCAUUGAUUUUGUAA